AUGCACCAUGGAUCUUUCUAUCUCUUCAACCCCCUUAUCCCCGCUGAUUCCUUCUCCUACCCAUUUAUCCCACUUCCACCAAUUGAGACUCUUCCAACAGUUCUGUGUAAGGUGUCUCAGAAACUGCACCCUUACAGCCCAAGGAAGCCAAAGCUCGGAUUACAGUUCGUUACAUUGGAGAGUAAGUAUCAUUUUUCUUGCUCAACACAAGCAACUUUUACUUGUUCUGGAGGAAUUUUACCGGUGUGUUCGAAAGAGUUGAGCAAAUCCUUCAUUCAUAAGGUUAUUUUGUCUUCUUCCCCACCCCCAUUCCCGUCUAAUUCUUCUCCUCAUAAUCUUCACGAAUCGGGCGGCGGCGGCAGUGAUAAACCAUGUAGCGUUAUGAUUAUCCAGGAUAUAAUAGAAGAGAUACUCAACUUUUAUGCUUUGUGCGAGAGUGAUCACCUUGAAGCCUGGGAUCUCAGUUGCCCAUCUUCUCCCAAGAUGACUCUCGUAAAAUCUGAGUAUCCUUCGCUUCGUUUUUUUGCUGGUUUGAACAGCGGUGAUGAGUUAGAGAGAGCACAGCUAUGUCGGAAGAAGUAUCUUGUAGAUUCUUCGGGUGAAUUGCUGCUAGUCUUGAGGUAUUUCCAAACUUUCAAAGCUGAUGUGCCAGAGAAACGUGCCCAUAGGUUGACAAAGUGCUUUGAUGUUUUCAAGUUGGACUUUGAUGAGAACAAGUGGAUGAAAGUGACGAGCUUAGGGGGUCGCUCAUUGUUCUUGGGUACUAAUGAAUGUAUUUCCGUAUGUGCUGGGGAUUACAUUAAUCCGGGGUUAAGACUAAGAGAAGAUUCUAUCUACUUCACUUGUGUAGAUGCUGAAGUUGAGCCCAACACUACUUCUGGAGCUUAUCAUUUGGGUGUUUUCAGCAUGAAGAAUCGAGAAAUUGAUGUCCUGUAUCAGGACGAGUACAGGAAGAUGGACUCCCAUCCGGUUUGGAUUUUCCCUGGCCUUUGA